GAAAUAUUGCAUAUUUAGUACAAACUGGACGCCAGAUCGCAUUCAACAGGUCAUGUUUUAAAGGAAUACUUUAUCUAAGCACUCGAAUUUCACACAGUACUGACUGAUUACUUCAAGCAAUCUGAGUAAUGGAGGAUGAGGAUGAAUGUCCAGAGUUAGUUCCUAUCAAGGAGAAGCCCAGUGGACCCACAGCUCAGAUCCCGGUUACCAUUAUUACUGGAUACUUGGGUGCAGGAAAGACAACUCUUUUGAACUACAUAUUAACCGAACAACAUAAUAAGCGAAUAGCUGUCAUACUCAAUGAAUUUGGGGAAGGGAGCGCUCUAGAAAAAUCUCUAGCUGUGAGUCAGGCAGGAGAGCUGUAUGAAGAGUGGCUGGAGCUGAGGAACGGCUGCCUGUGCUGCUCUGUCAAAGACAAUGGCUUAAAAGCUAUUGAAAAUCUAAUGGAGAAGAAAGGAAAGUUUGACUACAUCCUUCUAGAAACAACCGGAUUGGCCGAUCCAGGAGCUGUUGCCUCAAUGUUCUGGGUUGAUGCUGAAUUAGGAAGUGAUGUUUACCUGGACGGUAUUGUUACCGUUAUAGAUGCUAAAUAUGGGUUGCAGCAUCUAACAGAAGAAAAGCCUGAAGGUCUUAUCAAUGAAGCUGCCAGACAGAUUGCUCUCGCUGAUCUUACCAUCAUCAACAAGACUGAUCUGGUGCAUGAGACGGAGCUGCUGAAGCUCAGAGAUACAGUGAGAUCAAUAAAUGCACUUGUAAAGAUUUUGGAGACACAAAAGUCCAGGGUUGAUCUAUCUGAAGUAUUAGACUUGCAUUCUUUUGACACUAAAGAUGGUGAAAGGUUAACCAAAAAGCUGCAGCUGGUAAAAACAAGCCAACCUCACCUAGACAAGAGUAUGCUGACUAUAACAUUUGAAGUACCUGGCAGUGUGUCAGAAGAUCUUUUAAAUAUAUUUAUUCAGGAACUUCUUUGGGAAAAAACAUUUAAGAACAAAGCAGGAUUGCCAAUGACAGUUAUUCGGUUAAAGGGGAUCCUCUCGCUCCAGCAGAAGCAGAAGAAGGUGAUGUUGCAGGGUGUCCAUGAACUUUAUGAGCUGGAAGAGACUCCAGAGUUUUGGGCAGAUCAAGAGCCAAGACUCAACCGUCUCGUCUUUAUAGGUCGAAACCUUGAUGGUGAGAUUCUAAAGAAAGAGUUCAUCUCCGCUGUGUCAAAUAAAGACAGCGUCGAGUAGGUGAUCUUGUCAAACAUUGGUAAAAUCUGUAAAAGCACAGCUGUUUUUUUUGCCACUCAAAUGAAUAACAGCUUUAAGGUUUUGGCCAUUUCACAAAAAGUGACAACAUUUUCACUAAAUGUGAAAUGUCUAAAAAAAAAGAUUUCUUUUUUUCUUAAAAACAAAUUGUAAUUUAUUUUACAUGUUCACUAUGGUUUUCUGCAAAUACAAGUCUUCACAUUUCAUAAAAAAUGAAAUACUGCAAACUCCCUAGUGUUUAUAUUAAGAUUAUCUUGUUAUUUAAACAACUCAUUUGAGUGGUCAAUUGCUCAAUUUCCCAAGGCUUUUUCACAGUGUAAAGUGUAAGAUAACAGCAUCCAGUGAAAUAAAUGUUGUUUUGAGUUACUUCUUACUCUU